AUGCUGGUGGUCCUGCUCACAGUGGCCUUGCUGUCCCUGAGUUCAGCUCAGAGCUCCAAUGAAGAGAUUGAGGACCCAAGCCAGAGCUCCGAACAAGUCUCUCACAGACCACCUCCUGGAGGACGCCCACCCAGACCCCCUGCUGAUGGUGGAGAUGACAAUGAGGAUGAAGAUGAAGGUGGUGACUCAGAGCAGGGACCACCCCAAGGAGGCAAUCCUCCUCGUCCUGAUGACCCACAGGGACCUCCACAAGAAGCAGCCCUUCAGCGUCGUUGUCGGUCUCCUCAUCCUGCUAACCAGCAGAGACUACUCCAACAAGAAGAGCAGCAGCAGCUGCAGCAGCAACCAUUUCGCCCUCUUCGUCCUGGUAACCAGCAGAGACCACUCCAACAAGGAGGCCAGCAGCAGCAACAGCAAGAACAGCAGCAACAGCAGCAACAGCCAAAUGGUCUUCCUUGUCCUGGAAAAUAA